AAAUGGCUGCCAAGGAUGGCGGGUUGGUGUUUGAAGAAACCAGCGAGUUUAAAAACCCAGAGGAACACUUUUUGCCGCCUGGAUGGGAAAUAAGAACAAUGGACGAUGGAAGGAUCUAUUAUGCGAAUCAUUUGACAAAAUCAACUCAGUGGGAACAUCCAACGUCGGGAAAAAGAUACAAAGUCUGUGGAGAGCUUCCACAAGGCUGGCAACAAUUGUAUGACAGUAAAGGGAGUGUUUUCUUUUUUGAUUCUGUGAAUAGAGUAACCACUUAUGCUGACCCAAGAAUAGCCCUGAACUUCACCAAAAGUAAAAAAAAUUCAAAAAAGUUGGAUAGUCACUCUACGGCCAUGCAUGUGUUAAAUGGAGAGGACUUGAGUGGAAAGGUUGCCAUUGUGACAGGAGCCAAUAGUGGCAUAGGUUUUGAGACUGCCAAGGCACUGGCACUUCACGGAGCUCAUGUGAUCUUAGCUUGUAGGAACAUGAACAAAGCAAACAGGGCAGCAGCUAUGAUCAGACAAGUACAGACCCCUGAGGCUUAUGUGGAAGCCAUGUUGCUAGACCUGGCAUCAUUUACAAGUAUCAAAAACUUUGCAGAAGAAUUUAGAGGGCGGAAACUUCCUCUUCACAUUCUUAUUUGUAAUGCUGCUGUAUUUGGUUUAUCAUGGAGCAAGACAGAGGAUGGAAUUGAGAGCACUUUUGGUGUCAAUCAUCUUGGCCAUUUCUACCUUGUGAAGUUGAUUGAAGACAUUCUUUGCUCAUCAUCUCCUGCCAGAGUUGUAGUUUUGUCUUCAGAGUCUCACAGGUUUCCUGACCUAACCUACUCUACGAAGUUACCUUUGUCAGAGCUACCCCUUUCUAAAGAUAAAUACUGGUCCAUUGUGGCAUAUAAUCAAUCCAAACUCUGUAACUUGCUCUUUUCCAUGGAACUGAAUCGUCGCUUGAAACCAAAAGGAGUGACAUGUAAUGCUGUACAUCCUGGGAACUUGAUUUACACUUCAUUGUCUCAUACCUCGUGGUUCUAUUGGAUCUUCUUUGUCAUGGCCAGACCAUUUGCAAAGACACCAGCACAAGGUGCAGCCACUGUUGUGUACUGUGCAACAUCCAAAGAGCUUAAUAAAGUAGGAGGGCAUUAUUUUAAUAACUGUAGUGUGUGCAAGCCAUCAGAUGAAGCUAAGAAUCCUGAAACAGCUGCCAAGCUUUGGAAACUGAGUGAAAGGCUUGUCAGGCAGAUAACAUUAAAUGAUUCACAAGUUGUGGACUUGUAGUCAAUGGUUGGUUGACUCUGACUUGUUAAGGCCUAAGCCAUGCUGAAAGCAGCAAGCUGCCAUGAUAAUGGCAGGUUUGUAUAGAAAUACUGAAGAGCAAGUGUUUCAAGUUAAAGAACACCUGUUGUUGAAAGAGGCAACAAGAGAAAAUCUCAGUUUAAUGUAAUACAAUUGCUCAGGUGAUUAUAGAAAUAUGUUUGUGCUGACUACUGGAGGAUUAUCUUGCCAUAAAAACUAUACACAAAGUGAUAGCAAUAUGGAAGUGCUAACUUUCAAAAUGCCCAUUCCAUGAUUGUUUAGGUUUAUGACAAUGAAAACGAAAGAAAAUAUGGUUAUUGGGUUCCUGAACUGAAUUUUUAAUUGUAUUAUUCUCCUCAGGUGGAGCCAAAAUAGAUUAGUAAUUCCUUCAACUUCAGCUUAGAGAUUAUUCAACAGUAAUUUCUUAGCCCUCAAGAAGUUAUGAACACUGCAUCAAAGGGACAAGAUGGACUUUUCAGUAAAAAAACUAAACCAGACAAAGUGAAUCAACAUUUAUUAAUCACAAAGUCAUAAAAAUUAUCAUGUAAUGGUUAAGUUAACCAUUUGACUCUGAAACUUAAUUGUUCAUUUUAAUUGGACAUUUAGAUAUAAGAAUGCCACAUGAUGGUAGAACAUUUUUUUUCAAUGAAAAUCCAACACCAUAAAGAUGGAAACCAGAUACAGUAUUGUUACCAAUAUUUAUUGUAAAGACAACCCAUAUUAAA